GCUUUCUUCUCCCUCUUCUUCCCCUUUCUCUCUUGCUUUCUACAUGUGAAAGAUUGUGCAUUUUUACUAUCUGCAUUCACCAUGGCUUGACAUCUACUCUUCUCUUUCUCUACUGAUUAAUAAUAAUCUCUGCAAUCACAGAGGCAAUUUUCGCUCUGCUCUUGCGUGCCCUGAAUCCGUGAAUUUUUCUUGUCAAUCUCGAUGAUCGUGUUCGUCAAUUGAUGGCAUCGGCUAAACGGAAGGACCGAACCCUCGACGACCUCUACACUCUCACUCGCAAGAUUACGCACCCGGAGGCAUAUCACCCCAGUGUUGAGAGGAACCUUUCAGAUGCAAGGGCCAGCAGACGAGACUGAUUGUGACAUUCAGACAAAUAUGGUCUUGUCUCAAGAUGAAAGAGGACUGGGUAAGCAUUCCAAGAGCCAGAAAGUCUCUGUUGGAGUAGGGUCUGGGGCGUGCAACGUGUGUUCCACUCCUUGUACAUCUUGUUUACAUAUAAACCAAACUAUUAUGGGGUCAAAGACUGAUGAGAGUUCUGAUGAAACUUUUCAAGGAAAUGCUGGUAGUCAGUACUCUGUUAAUGAUGCUCUGCCUGUCAAAAACAGUGCAAGUGACACUGGACAGCAUACUACCAGUGAUACAAGUUACUUAGUCAGUGUCAAUUCAAAUCAUGAUUCUCUAUCUGAAAAUGAAGAAAGUAAAGAUCGAUUGAGAACUUCUGAUGUUUCUGGUGCAUCCGAUGACAUUGAGAUGCAUAGAAAUUUGUCAAUUGGUGUCACAGCUGGGGAUAAUGGACCACCUCCAAAUACCCCAUGCAGUUCUGAUCAGAGAGCUUCUGUGAAAAAGAUUGAGGAUCAAAGAGUUUUAGAAGUCCAUGAAGAUAACAUUUCUUGUGUUAGUGGAGGUAAUGAUGCAAGCAAGUUGCCCAGUUAUGAUAAUGAUGUAAGCGUAGACAGAAAAGAAGUGCCACAGAGUGCUGUUUCGGAUGAGUUUUCUUCCCAACGGAUAGACUUGAUAGAAAUUCCUUCCUCUAAAGGUAAGGGUGAGGGUGUUAGCUCAUCAAAGGUACCAAGUACAUGCUCUUGUCCUACUGGUGGCACACCUCAUUCAUGCAACCUGUUUGUAAGGGAUUUGAAAGAGGAUUUAGGCAAUAGUCUCCCUGCAGAGCUGCCUGAAUUCUCAAAGGAACAUUUGAGUUCACCAUUGACAAAAGAGACCACAUCUGAAAUGGUUUGUCAACAAAGAUCUCCCUCACAUACAUGUGGGGAAACUACUGAUAGUAGUCUUGUCAGAGGCAUUUCUGCAGCCUCGCAAAAAGUUUGUCUCAACAUGGAAGCUGAAACAGAAACAAACAAGGACAGUUGUGACAUGCCUGUAGAAGCUGUGACUCAUUCAGAACAAGAGAAAGAAAAUGUGAAGUUCAAGGACUCAUUUGGGUUACCUAAUGUGCAAGAACCUCUUUUGCAAUCCCAACCUGAAGAUGAUUGUGAUGAAUCUGAUAUUUCGGAACAUGAUGUAAAAGUUUGCGAUAUUUGUGGAGAUGCUGGCCGGGAGGAUUUACUGGCCAUAUGCAGCAGGUGCAGUGAUGGUGCAGAGCACACCUAUUGCAUGCGGGAAAUGAUGGAAAAAAUUCCUGAUGGUGAUUGGCUUUGUGAAGAAUGUAAGUUUGAUGAGAUCAAAAAGUCGAAUCAAGAUAAGAUUGCUGCAGUGGACGGGAAUGAUGCAAAUCAAUCACCUGGACUUGCAAGUGCCCUGAAUACCAAUCUCCCUGUGAAGUUUGACAAAAAAGAUUCAGAUCAGGAGGGGAAUAAAACAAAUAAAGAAAUGCUUAGUGUAAAAGCUUCUGUUAAAAGACAUGCUGAGAACAUUGAAGUUUCUCCAGCAGUGAAAAGGCAGGCUCUUGAGUCAACUGCGUCACCAAAAACAUCUAGUCCCAGCAGAAUAUCAGCACUUUCUCGUGAUUCCUCAUUCAGGAACCUUGAUAAAGGAAAAGUGAAGCCAGCACGCCAAUUAUCUACUGGUACUUCCUCAAUCAAUGAUACUUCUGAAGCUGCAUUCUCUUCUCCAGGUCCAAAAAUACAGACAUCACAAGGUACCCUGUUGAAGUCUAAUUCGUUCAAUUCAACAAAUGCAAAACCGAAAGUUAAACUUGUCAAUGAAGUUGUUCCUCUAAAGCAUAAAUCAGCUAGAGAUCCUGUUUCCCUUGAUAUGAAGGAGGGUGCUGCUCGAUUGAUAGGCAAAUCAUUGUCAUUUAAAUCUGCAGUCCCAGGCCGUUUAAAUCCGUCAGAACCGAAAGUUAAGUUGCUAUCCCCUAAAUUUUCUGGCCAGGAUCUAAAAGGAUUAAAGCCAGCCAAAGAGUGGAACUUACUUGAAAAGAGAAAUUCAUUUAAACUAGAACGUUCUUUGGCAAGUUCAGCCAUUGGGAACACUGUUGUCUCUACAGUGAAAGGGGAUAAAAAAUUAGCAUCUCAUGGUGAAAGCUACUCACUUCCUUCUGUAAGCAACAAUCGUGAACCAAAGGGUGUGCAAUCUGACAGUAAACUUACUACAUCGACAAAAUCAGCUAGUCAUGUACCUCGCAGAGGUUCGGAAAUGCCGGUUCCUUUAGGUGAGAUUAAGAAGCAGUCCUGCUCAUCCAGUGUGGCUGGAGUUUCAUCAGCCAAUGGAAUUAGUGGUUCUGCUGAACAAAAACCAACACAAACUAGUGUUCUGCAUGAUUCAUCCCCAAGUACUUUUACAGCUGAGAGACCAUCCUGUAAUGCUAAUGAAUCAACAAAUUCUGGUGAGAGAACGAGGGAGGGUUCUGCUGGUUGCACAAGGCCUGGCAUUACUGCAGGUGGAAGAAAUGUUACCUGUCAAAAAUGUAAGGAAAUCGGGCAUUCGGGACAAUCUUGCCCUGUUGACAAUCCUCGGUCACUUCUUGGUGAUGUAUCUGCUACAAGAAGUUCAAGAGAGGUGAUGGAUAAAGGAGGUAAUAAAUUGAAAGCUGCAAUUGAAGCAGCAAUGCUUAAAAAGCCUGGGAUGUACAGAAAGAAUAAGAUGCCUAACCAAUCUGAUGAGUCGUUGAUAUCUAGCAGAAACUUAAAUUCUGAGCUACACCCUCAAGAUCAAUUAUUAACUUCUAUUAACACAAACAACAUUUCUCCUUCCAAUGAGGUACGUGAAGGGCGAGGAAUACUCAGGAAAUCUACUGCUGAAUCUUGUAAACAAACAACUGUUAACAUGAAUCAGUCAUCGGUAUUUCAUUCUGAAGCUGGUAGUUUGAAAAAUGGAGAUGCUAGUCCUGUGGACCCUUCUGAUGGCAAGCUUUUCUUAAGAGAUUUACCCUGUGAUGCUUUGGGGGCAUUUUCUAUUCUCUUGAAGAUGUCACCUGUACCAGAGCGUGAAUAUAUUUGGCAAGGGUCCUUUGAGGUUCAGAAGAGUGGGAAACUCCCAGAGUUCCAAGAUGGGAUUCAAGCACAUCUAUCAACUUAUGCAUCACCUAAAGUUCUUGAAGUUGUGAAUAAGUUUUCUUCAAAAAUUCUCUUGAAUGAGGUGCCUCGCUUGAGUACAUGGCCUAUACAGUUCCAGGAAACUGGUGCUAAAGAAGAAAAUAUUGCUCUUUAUUUUUUUGCCAAGGAUCUUGAGAGUUACGAAAAAAGCUACAAGAGUUUACUGGAGAACAUGAUGAAAAGUGAUCUAGCGCUCAGGGGAAACAUUGAUGGUGUUGAAGUUUUGAUAUUCCCAUCCAACCAUCUUCCUGAUAAAUUCCAGCGUUGGAAUAUGUUGUACUUCCUUUGGGGUGUACUCAGAGGAAAGAAGGUGAAUUGCUUGCAAACUGGAACUGGUUCUCCAAAGGAGUAUUCCAUAGAGCAAGAUCUCCCCACUGCGAUCUUGUCUUUGCCAGAGAGCAUAUGUUCACUUGGGCCUGUGGAUGGGAAUUUACCUGUGCACCCCAAAGCUUGUAAUGUUACACUUGCGCCCAAGAGUUCUACCUCAAUGGAAUCACCCUGUUUAUCAUCUGAAACAGUAACUGGUGAUUAUGAUACAAAUGCAUCUUCCUUUGAACCAAAGGGUCAAUGCACCCAAACAAAUGCAGUGGGGCGAGACUCUAGACGAAAUGCCACUUCCUCGCCCAGGACACAAGGAACCGGCUUGCUGUCAUUCCAAAAAAUGAAUUGCACCAGCCCCUCCCUGGAUGAAAGUGGUGAUCCUGGACGCAAAUUAGAAGUAAUACUUCAACCAUCUGUUCAAGCUGCUGAAACUAUUAGUAGUUCCAGGAAAAAUGACAAGAUGCCUAUGUGUCUGGAUGAUGCCUCAGAUAUUCAACAGGUUUCAUCACGCCCUUGUGAGAUACUAGGUACACAUAGCAGUAGAAAUGAUCAGGUCUCAUUUGAGAAGUUGAAGGAAGAAGAGGGAUCGUUGGGCUCACACACUGUACUCCAGAGAAACUUGAUAGUGGGGGAUCAAAGCUGGCAGGAGCUCACUAAUUGGCAAUACAAUCAAGAGAAGCGUCUGAACAAAGAUUCUACGUGGACAAGCUCACGAGUUUCUGCUGGUGGCAGUCAAAUGUCUUCUUGGGAUGAUGUACAAAUUAUUUCGCCUAAUGAAGGAUUUGCAAGUAAGAAACAGAGAACUGGUUAUGGUGGGUUGUAUGUGUCCAGUAGUUCUAGGGCCACACUUCCACUCCCUUCCAGAGAGAGUUUCCUGUCAGAGGUGCGUGAAAUGUGUGCCAGUUCUCUGACCAAGGAGCGGGGAAUAGAAGCUUGCGAUCAAAGAGGGGUAUCCAGAAACAAUGGGGCUGCUGAAAGGUUCUUUUUUCCUGUCGAUCCACAUCCUGUAAUAGACUUGACCUCUGAUGAUAAUCCCAUCUCCUGGAAAGAUUUGUCUGCAGAAGACAGUCCAGAUGGGGCGCCCGAUCUUGACCUUGCUCUAGGCGCAAAAAUGAAACCGGCAAAACAGGGGAUGCUGCCCUUUUUAGUGGGGAAAGGAGAGCCGAAAGAUGAACAGGGCCAGCGUGGGGCAGAGAAGGCGGCAACGAAGGGAAAGGAGGACGAUGUCUCUGCAUCUCUUUCACUUUCACUUUCAUUCCCAUUCCCAGACAAGGAAGCAACCGUAAAGCCGGGAUCGAGAGUGGAGCAGCUGGUGCCAAGUAGGCGACAAGCCAACAACCCCUCUCUGCUCCUCUUUGGGGGUUUGUCAGACAAGUAGACAGGAGGCAUAAGGCGAUUCCACCGUGUAUGUACAUUAUAGAGAUCCCAUGGCGGUGGCGCCAGUGGCGGUGGCGGUGGCGGUAGAUCUAUACCGGAUCAUGCACAAUGAAUGAUCUUUCCAUGGGGGUUUUUUCUUUCUUCUCUUUACAGGAUAUGAUCUCAAUCCAUGUGUUUAUAGCUCAUACAGGAUUUCAUAGUUUUCUUCUCUUUUUCCCAGUUUUCAUCCUCCCUCCCUCUCCCUCUCCGUUGGUUUUCAGUGCAGCUGUUUGUAAAUAUAGGGAACGAAAGCCGGACCAACUUCUUUCCUUUUAAAUGCUAUCAGGGAUUUGCAGACA